AUGCCUCCGGCUUCCAUGGAACUGGAAAUGGAAGAACAAGAACUUAAUCGCAUCGUUGAUGAAGAGAACCUUCGCAAUGAAGAGCGAGUAGCGUUGGUGGGGGGAGGAAAACACGCGAACGGCCGGCGACGGACGCCCGAUUCGUCCAACUCCACGUCGUCCCUCGGUUCCACGGUAGCCUCCACACCCCGGUAUAGGUCCUCGGUUUCGCGAUGUUGGAAAUUUUUGAUACCACUCGCGCUGAUUUCCAUCUUGGCCAUGCACUGGUCGCCUGAAAUACAGGGGAACGCCGGAAUUGAAACCAAGCCUUCCUCGGCACCACAAGAACAAGGAAAAUCACAACCAAUUGUACGAGAACCGGUAAAGAAUCUAACGUCCGCAUCGAAUGGAAGAGACUUCCCAAAGAGAAAUUCUUCCACUACACGUGCGGAACCUGUCAAGCAACCAGAAUCCAGCAUGGCACCGGUAGCGAUCAAACAACCGGAACCUAGUAUGGCACCGGAACCCGUCAAACAAGCGGAACCUAGCAUGGCACCGGAAGCGAUCAAACAACCACAAUUCAUUGCAAUCCCCAAGAGUGACGACCUCUUUACAUGCCCAGAGAUCGCCGAUAAAGCCCAACUCGUCAUUGACGAAGACAAAAGCUACAACGUAGUCAGUCAGCAAAUCCUUACUAAUCUCACAUCCUAUCUCAGUGUGUUUCGGAACACCGGCUACGACGACUGGGGGCACACCUUUGAGGAAGUCAAGGCUGGUAUGUUUCACUGGAAAAGUAAGAAGUACGCCGAAGUGAAAGACGGCAUGACUAUUUACGAAUCCGCCUGCGGCAUUGGCUUGAACCUUUUUAUGACGUUGGAGAUUCUGAGAGAAGUUCACGGCGUUCGAAAUUUGCGCGUUUACGGAAACGAAUACGUGCAAGAAUCGGUCGCAGUCGCCCAAACCAUGGCAACGAGGCUACCUGGGAAGGGACAAUACGGUAGGAUUUGCCAUGGAGAUUCCACCAAACUGGAUUACGUUCCCUCGAAUUCGUUUGAUGUCGUUUUUACCGGGUACAUUACUCCGUUGGCUAAUCCUCUCCAAAUCAACGCCACGCGCCAAGGCGAUUUGGAUCGGUACUAUAUCGCACUGUGUGAAUCCAAAGACGAGGACGUCGAGAGCACACGUCUAAAGCUGAAAGCCCAGUACUUGCAAGAGGAUUGGUACGCUGCAUGGGUGGGACACAUGAUUCGCAUUGCCAAACCCGGGGCGCCUAUUAUCAUCGAACAGGUUUCCUACCCGAUUUGUCGAGCAUAUUUUGAUUGGGGAGGCGUCAGUCAGGGAUUUUGGAGACGCGCUGGAAGGCACUACCCAAACUGGGAUAUCGAUCCUAGCAGUAUUGUGUACGAAGACGAUACAAUUUUCCGUAGACGCUAUCAUGUGUUUAUGCGAAAGAAUAGCUGAAUCGGGGCCAGCAGCAUUAACCACAACGGGAGUCACCCAUGAGCCCCUCUUGGCGCGACUCUAGAAUGCGCUUUGUAGUGUCGGCAGAAUGGGUCAACA